AUGGCGUUCACCCGCCCACAGGGCUCCAGCACUGGAGGCAACCUUCAGGGGCUGGCAGGCACCAGAUCAGGGAGCCGAGUCAUCAGGUCAUUAGAUGGAUUUCUGAUUAUACUGAGCACAGAUGGAGUGAUCACUUUUGUGGCUGAAAACAUCUCUUCUCUCCUUGGCCAUUUACCAGCUGAGAUUGUGGGCAAAAAAUUGUUAAGCCUUCUUCCUGAUAAAGAGAAAAAUGAAGUCUACCGAAAGAUUAUUCUCAAACUUCCCUUGUCAAACUCAGGAAGACAUGUUGAGUUUUGCUGUCAUUUAAAGAAAGGAAGGGUUGAACAAGGUGGCAGUCCUGCUUAUGAAUAUGUGAAAUUCAUUCUGCGUGUAAAAGAUUUUUAUAAUGAGCCUUUCGUGAUCUUCAACAGCUACUUUCCAAAACGCCCCCGUAUUGGGUCAUCUGCUACAAAUCUUUGGGACGAUCGGUUUUAUCUUGUGGGAACUGUUUGUAUUCUCAGGGCUCAGACUCUACGGAAUCAAGUUGAUAUUGCAGAUGUUGAGCAAUAUGGACCACGAGAAACCCCUGAAGUAAUUAACAUACCGUCUGAUUCAUCUUGCGAGUCCAGCACAUCUUCCCUGGAAACCAUGCCUGAAUCGCCAGUCAUGAACUCCGUUGUACUUUCUUCUUCAGCCAUGUUAUCCUUGAGUAGCUUUGGAGAUGAUUCUGAGGUAGAUCUGCUGACUGAGGACACAGAGGACUCAGUGGAGCAGCAGGACGUGGUAGACUCAAUGGACACAGUGAACCUGGUGGAACAAGAAGACCCGAUGGACAUAGUGGACCUGGUAGACCAGCAGGAUGCAGUAGGCCCAGAAUACCAGGAGAACUUGAUUGAUCUGGUGCAGAAGAAGGCCUUCCCCUCCUCCAGCAAGGCUGCUGGCACCAGUGCUGAGCCAUCACAACCAUCAUUGUCUAUUGCAUCCUGCAUCGAUAACUGUGAUCUGGAACUGUUAGAGAAGUUCAGGGAGCAGCUAGAAGAGAGCACUCAGGUGCUGCAGGCUAUUAUCAAAAGCUAGCAGGAUGCACUGCAAGUGAUCAAGGAGCAGCUUCAAGCACUUCGGAAUGCUAGAGUUCAGAUGCAGCCAAUUACAACAUGCCACAUUGUCAGUCCUGAUCCCCAGUCUUCGGGGGCAGUGCUCAAGAAACAACUCACUGGGCAAGUGAAGCGGUCCCUCCCAGAUCUCAAGGAGGCCAAACGGUUUUGUGAUUCAUAUUCAUUCCCGUCUUUGAAAUUCAUUGACAAUUUUGAGGAGCCUUCUCUCGUCUCCAUUCAGCAGGAGCAGAAGAAGCUGCAGGAGCAGAUGCUGCAGAAACAACAGAAGCAGGAAAAGCAGCAGCAGCAUAAUGUCAUCGUGGGGAACCAGACCCUGCAGAAAUGCCUCAAAAAUCCAACUGGCAUGUCUGUGCCACUCUACAAUAAUCCUGUUACAUUUAUGCAGACCAAGCCUAUUGUUGCUCCUGUCCAAAUAGUAGCUGAGCCACAGCCUUCUGACUCUUAUCAAGAGGAAGACCUUGGGCGCCAGGAAAAUGAGAGUCAUAGUUUUCUUCCUGAGGCACAUCAGGGCCCUCCCAUGGAUCAACCACCAUUGGGGUAUAGCUCAAGCACUCAGCCAAUUUCUUCCACCAGCUUUCCUCAGUCUCCUAUAAAUCCAGAAGUGAAAUUGCCCGUACUGGAGACCCCAGAGGAUUACAUCCAACUUUGGCAACAGUCGCCUGAUCCACAAGGUCACCUUUUGCUUCAAGUGAAUAUUUGGCUUUCCAAUGAGCAGGCCCUGAUGCAGGGUCAAGACCUCUGGAACCAGGUACAGGCUCCUGAGGCAGGAGCCCAGGACCCCCCAGGUCCAGAAGCUUUUCAGGGCCCAGUGGAAUGCCAGCCACAACAAAUGAGAUACUUCGUGCCUGCAGAGCAGCCCUAUGUGGAUGAGCAGCAGCAGCAGCAGCAUUAG